ACGAUAGGCUUGUUUAAAAGACCACCCCCUCCUAAGCAAAGCAAGGGGUUGCCAAAGUGAUUAUCUCCCAUAAUCCUUUGAGGUCUUCACAAUGUUGCCCGCAGCCAUGUUACGACUAAAAUAUUAGAACGGAACGAACUCUUGUCAAAGAUACUUUACCAAAAUUCAUUGCGGUUAUUAUAAAUUCUCCAAGAUGGGUUGAAGUCUAGGCCAUAAUGGUAGAAAUGACAGAUUCCACUGUUCUUGUUGAGAGAAAGACUUCGUAUUCGGAGGUAUUAAAGCAGGGUCCCAAAAAAGACAAUGAAACAAACAAACAGUAUUUGAAUGGUGGUGUUUACUUCAGACGGAAUGAGCGGUCUAACUCUGAGUGCUCCUCAGAUUCUCAGCUGGACAAUUUGCUGGAGGCAGCUGAUAGAAUAAAGGAGGGAAAGAAUAAUAAGGCCAAGAGAAGAGUGCAUUUCAACUUGUCAAACAAUGAAGAGUUCUCCUACAGCUACUCCCAAUACACUGAGUUGUCAGAUGAAGAAGGAAGCCAUACCAGCCAUUUGUCUACUAACAUCAAUUUCACAAGCUAUUAUAUGAAUGGUCAUGAUGACGACAGUGGUGAUGAUGAUGACGAUGACUAUGAUGAUGAUGAUGAUGAUGAUGAAGAUGAUGAUAAUGACUAUGGAACUGAUACAAGUGAAGAAGGGAGUAAUCAUGGAUUAGGAAAAUAUGGCUACCUUGUGGAUAAAUCAGGGGAAAAUCGUAAAGAUGUAAAUGGUAAUAUUGGGGUUGUUCAAAAUGGAGAUGCAGUGACAGAUACUUCAUAUGAACAUCAAGAAAUUGCGAGCAAAAAUGAAUACAAUAACAAAGAAACUGGAGAGAAGGUAUCUCAGGUAAAUCAGCUUGAAUCAGCACUUUCACAACGCAAGAACUCUGUUCAAAGACAACUAAGUGAUCUGAGUGAAAGUCUGAAGAAAGCGAGAGAAGAGACAAACAAAGAGAUGGAACAGCUGAAGAAAGACUUAGAAGCACGGAGACACGAGUACAUUACGGAUAUCAACAAUAUACACUUGCAGAGAGAGGAGCAAAAGCGCAAGUUCGAGGAAGAGCUGGAAGAGUUUCAAAACGAGGAAAAGUUGGAAGAACGACGACAAAGAUACCACGAACACGAGGCUUUGAUAACAAAGCAAGAACUGGAACUCGAGGAGAGAAAGAAGCAAGCUAUCGAGCAAGACCGAGAGAUUCGUGAUUACGAGGAGUACCUGAAUCGACGUCACGCAGUAUGCAACAAUAAAGAGAAGGACUUGGUCGAGCUACAGAAUGAUCUUGACACGUUAUCGCAAGAGCUGGAAGCUAAGCGUGAGCGCCUGCUCAACAAAAGCAAAGCUCUGGAGCAGAACAUGCAGCAAGCCUUGGAACAAGAGGAGUCUGGGGCGAGCGCGAUACCGCCGCCACCAUUGGUUGAGCGACGCUCUAGGAGCGCCAGUCGAGUCAGCGGACUGAACCGCGGAACGGACAUGCGCAUUGAAGAACUCAAGUACCAGAACAAGCAGCUACUAGAGGAGCUGUUUACGCUGAAGAAAGCCGUGGAAGCUGGGAACGAGCGGGAGGCCGAGACGCAUCAGACGAUGGAAGCGCUUGCGGUCGAGAACAAACGUCUCACUCAAAAAGUCAAACAUUUGGAAACACAGCUCGAACUCGCCCGUAAAAGCGCGGACCUCGCCUCGGACUCAUCCGGGCCUUCUGUCGACGAAAUUCUACGUAAAACUACGGCAGACAUGCGCAACUCACGAGUCGGACUCAGGCCCUCGAGGAUGAGUAUCCACAGCAAUAACGGUUCCCAUGCGCGACUUGCGAGAGAGCCUUCCAAAGAGUCCGUUCACUCUAAAGGCUCUGGGAGCAGCGAUUCCGUUAAGAACUCGAAAUCGAGUAAAACGUCAAAGUCUCCCGCGAGGGGUAAUAGCAAGGACGGUGGUGAGACUGGAAAUGGUCGAGUUACGAAUGGUAAUGAAAAGGUAACGAGUGCGUUAUGUGUUGUGAUGUAGCCCAUGGUCGAAAACCUGACGAUGGACUACUAAUAAGCCACGAGCUACUAUUGACCUACCGACGACCCGCCGACAAACUACUGGCGACCGUCGACCAACCGACGACCCGCCGCCGAGCCUACUAGCGACCGUCGAUCAACCGACGAUCUAUAUCGACGAACCGCCGUCGAGCUUCUAGCGACCGUCGAUCUACCGACGAUCUAUCGAGGACCCGCCGUCGAGCUAAUAAUGACCUACCGAAAACACAUCGACAAAAGGAUGUGAAGUACCAUUCAGAAUGCAGUGGUAAACAGAUAAUUAUUAUUCUCACGAAAAAAGCCCCGUGUUGUCCUUGGAAUGGGCUCGUGUAAGAUUAUCUCCCUGCUGGCCAGGACCAGGAACUUCCUAGUGUUGUUUUUAAAUAUUGCAAUAUUCAUUGAUGGAUUUUUGAUAUUCAGUGCUUAUCCUUGUUAUGCUGAAUUCACCAGUUCACAUUUUAACAUAUGUUUUAUCCAGGAUAAUUCAAUAACUCUGCACUUUUGGCAAAGAAGACGGGGAAAGCCAUUUAUAUAAUAAUUGGUAAGGUCUAUUAGUUGUGGUUAUUCACUAUAAUUUCGAAAUAGCGGGGAAGAUCGCGAAAUUUCCAUAUGAUCGCAGGCAAUCGUGUACGAUUAUAUGGAAACUCGUCCUGCGAUCCAAUGCGAUCAUAUUGUUCUAAAAUCUCGAUUUCUCAAUUCACCAUCAUUUGAUUUUUCACUGCAUUUACAAAAAAAUAAUAUAAAGGCAAUCACAUGUAUUUAGCAGAAUAUUGAUUUAGUCAAGUUAUUAUUUAUGCGAUAAGUAUUUUUAUACGUACCUAUGUACAUAUCAACUUACGUGCCAGUCGCGAGGUUCUAUUUAAAGCAUUUAAUUACUAUAAGAAAACAAAUAUUUUCGUAAUAAACUGCUAUUCAAAA